UCUUACUGUGAACGAGAAGGAGUUUGGAGCCAGCAACCGAAAAAAACAAAGUGAGCAUUGACGCUGUAAGGGAAAAGACAAGCACAGAGUUUAUGCUUCAGACAUAAAACUUCUCUUUUUAAUUGGAAUACAGUACAAUUCUACAGGUUUUAAUUUAGUUGGUUUGUCAGGAGUGCUGAGAGGAGUCAGACCAGAGAGGAGUUACUUGUUGUGAAUUAAUCAGGUGUGUCUAAAGUCUGAGAAUUGUUCUAAGUUGACAUCAUUUACACCUCAACAAAGAAGAAGGCAAACAAGAAAAGGGGGACACACAAGGCAUUUUAUGUUGCAAGACUGCAGCAUUCUUCGUACAAACCUUAACAUUCCUUUAUGAUGGCAGACUGUGUGAUAGAAGACUCAGAUUACUACCCAGGAAAGGAUGACUUGGACUGGGGAUAUGAAGAGGGUGUGGAGUGGGGGUUGUUGUUUCCUGAGGCCAACGGUGAGAACCAGUCACCUAUAAACCUCAACUCUAGGGAAGCAUGCUAUGACCCCAGGUUGCUGGAGGUGGGCCUCACACCAAACUAUGUGGUGUGCCGAGACUGUGAGGUUAUCAAUGAUGGACAUACUGUGAGGAUAAUGCUGAAAUCCAAAUCAGUGGUGACCGGGGGGCCCCUUCCAAGUGACCAUGAAUAUGAGCUACAUGAGGUGCGCUUUCAUUGGGGCAAAGAGAAUCAACGUGGUUCAGAGCACACUGUCAACUUCAAGGCCUUUCCUAUGGAGCUGCAUCUUAUCCACUGGAAUUCAACACUCUUCAACAGUGUAGAAGAGGCUCUUGGGAAGAAAAAUGGUGUUCUCAUUAUUGCUCUUUUUGUGCAGAUAGGGAAAGAACAUCUUGGACUGAAAGCCAUUACUGAGGUCCUUCAAGAUCUACAGUAUAAGGGGAAGACGAAGAUAAUACCAUGUUUUAAUCCAAACACAUUGCUCCCAGAUCCCCUGUUAAGAGAUUACUGGGUAUAUGAGGGAUCCUUGACAACACCUCCUUGCAGUGAGAAUGUCACCUGGAUCCUAUAUCGCUACCCACUCACAAUCUCCCAGAUUCAGAUAGAAGAAUUCCGAAGACUUAGGUCUCAUGUCAAAGGAGCAGAGUUACCAGAGGGGAAUGAUGGGAUGUUGGGAGACAACUUUAGGCCCACUCAACCCCUCAGUGACAGGAUAGUGCGGGCUGCUUUCCAGUAGAACUUCUGUCUUUGGGUUCCAAAGUGGCAUUCACUUGUGAGGAGAAGCAAGGUGAGAGGGUCAGGGCCAUCAAAUCUGAAUUGGAGAUCCACUGCAAGAGCUUCCAGAGGACCUGCCUAGUGACCAGUGUCAUGACUGAACAGCUGGAUCUUACUACUUUGCUUAGGAACUAAGUUGCUUGGUGACAUUACAGUCUGUAGGUGAACAUCCAUCACAAAUAAUAUGAAGAGUGCAUUUGAAAUAAGAAUAUAUAUAGGACAAGCAUUGAGUAGAAGAACAGCAAAGAUAUUAGACAGCAAAUCCUUCAUUAGACAAUUACCAGAAAAAACAGUUCACACAGUUUCUGUAUGAUACUAGGGUUUUCAAAAAUGCAAAUAAUAUAGUACAGUAUGUAAGCAAGUUUUACAAAAUCAGGAUGUCAUUACCAUGUCAAUACAAAACAUAAAGAGAGCUCAAAUGAUGUAACUAACAUAGAAAGCUCCAUAUUGGUUAUAGUUGGAUAAUUGUUUUUUUUUUCUUUUUGUCCUAUGUUCAUGUAACAGCACAAAUGCCUUUAUUCAGCUACAAGAUUAUUAACACAUAUUUGAGCGUGUAUGUAAAUUGUUGCAAUAAACAUCUAGAUAUAAUACCUCAGU